AUGAGUUCAUCCCUUGAAGCGAAGAUUGUUGUAUUGGGCGCGCAGGGGGUGGGCAAGACAGCGCUUGUAGAACGCUUUCUCCGCAACACCUUCAACCCCGCAACUGCCUCAACCAUCGGCGCGUCCUUCGUCACCAAGCGCGUCCUCGACUCCACCUCAGACACUGUCGUCAGACUCCAAAUAUGGGACACGGCGGGCCAGGAGCGAUUCCGCAGCAUCUCCAGGUUGUACUACCGCUCCGCCAGCGCGUGUCUCUUGUGCUAUGAUAUCACCGAUGAAUCCAGCUUCCAAGAAAUGGCCGGUUGGCUCCGCGAACUCCGCAAAAACACCACCAACGAAGACGGCACAGACUCCCUCGUCAUUCACGUCGUAGGCACCAAGUCCGAUCUCGUCGCCGAAGAUCCCUCCCGUCGCCGCGUCCCCUUCGAGCGCACCAUCGCAUACGUUGCAGAACAGCUAUACCCAACCCAAGCAUCGACCCCACCUCCUACCGCGACAGCUACAGGCGCGCUGGGUUUCGGCUCGGGCGUCUUUGGCGGGAGUGGUGGGAGUGCGUCGAACGCCAGUGCCAGUGCGGCUGCGCUGCAGAGUCCCGAUUCAAAGCGCAGCUCUGCAUUCUGGGGGCAGGAGAUCGGGUGGGAUUGCUGUCAUGAGAUCAGUGCGCGGGACGGCGAGGGCAUCGAUGAGGUUUUCCGCGUGAUUACGCGAAAGCUUGUUGAGCAGCGUAAUCGGAGGGAUACUGAACUUACAUUCUCGGUUGCGGGGACGCCGAGUGUGAAUGGGACGAUUGGUCCGUUUAGUCCUGGGUUUGUGGAGGGGACGGGGAGCUUUCGGCUUGGGCAUGGGGAUAAGAGGAGGAGUUGGUUGGGGCUUGCGACUCCUAGUGUUGGCAAUGCGGAGGAGGUUGAGGUUAUGCACACGGCAAAGAAUAAGGGGCGUUGUUGUUGA